AUGGUGGCAGAUACCGCCUAUUAUGACGUGCUAGGCGUUCCAACAGAUGCAACAGAAAUACAGAUUAAGAAAGCGUAUAGAAAACUAGCCAUUACUACCCAUCCUGACAAAAAUCCCGGUGAUGAAACUGCACACGAACGAUUCCAAGCAAUUGGUGAGGCAUACCAAGUCCUAAGCAAUGAACAGCUGCGAAGGCAAUAUGACAAGUUUGGCAAGGACCAUGCUGUGCCUGACAGUGGAUUUGAGGACCCUGCCGAAUUCUUUAGCAUGAUCUUCGGAGGCGGCGCAUUUGUCGACCUAAUUGGUGAAAUUUCGCUCAUGAAGGAUAUCACCCAGACCAUGGAUAUUACUAUGCAGGGUGAGGAGGAGGAGCAAGGUGAACUAGCUGACGCUAAGAAGACCCAGCUUCACGUACAUGACCAGGAAAUCCUAUCUGAGAAGCCUGCUGAAAGCUCUCUGCCUCGUCAUUCCGGAGAUCUUAAAGCGCCGGCGCCCGGCGCUGCACCGAAGCUAAAGGCCACCUCUCCAGAGAUGCCGCCCCAAUCAGGCACCAGUUCUGGCGCCGAUACCCCACGCCGCUGCUUGGGUCAACAAGUCCUCAUGGAUAGGUCAGAUGAGGAUGUGAGGAUGGAAGCCUUUUCCGCCGAGGAAAGGGAACUGCGGAAAAAGGAGAAGAAAAAAGGAGGUCUCACCAAAGAGCAGCGGGACCGAUUGGCGGCCUUUGAGGCUGAGAGACGGCGGCAGCGGGAAGAACGAAUCAACACCCUUUCUCAAAAACUCAUUGAUCGCAUUAGCAUUUGGACGGAAACUGAUAUGGGCCCGGACGUGACGCAUGCGUUUGAAGAGAAGACUCGUUUGGAAGUUGAAAACCUCAAGAUGGAAUCCUUUGGUCUUGAAAUUCUACAUGCUAUUGGCACCACGUAUAUCCAAAAGGGCUCAGCAUUCAUCAAGUCCCAGAAAUUUCUUGGGAUUUCAGGAUUCUGGUCGAGAUUGAAGGAUAAAGGCACGCUGGCUAAGGAGACCUGGCAUGCGGUUUCCACAAUGGUUGAUGCCCAGAUGAGCGCAGAGCACAUGGCUCAACUCGAGGAGCGUGGUGGUGAGGAUUGGACCGAUGAAAAGAUGGCUGAACAGGUAAAACUAGUCACCGGCAAAAUGCUUGCAGCCGCAUGGCGAGGCAGUAAAUUCGAAAUUCAGAGCGUCCUGCGUGACGUGUGUGAUAAGAUCCUGAACGAUAAAUCCGUUCGUUUGGAGAAACGUAUCGAUCGCGCUCAUGCUCUUGUUCUUAGUGGCCGGAUAUACCAAAUGGCAAGACGCACCCCCGAAGAAGAAGGUGAUUAUAUGGCCUUCGAACAGCUCAUGGCUGAGGCUACCGCAAAGAAAGCUAAGAGUGAGAGAAAGAAAGAGGGCAAACGGACAAAAGCAGAAUCAACGGGUGAGGGCACUUGGACAUCGGAACAAAAUUCGUAA